UGAAUAAUGGUAGUUCCUUAAAAUAAUUAUUAUUCAAAAUGCAAUAACUUCUCACGUCCGCGGUUAUACUCAUGUUGAAGACCACCAAAGUGUUGCAGAAAUAAUCCAUCAAACACAAUGACGUCAUCGUCACCUGAAUCCAAAACCCCCACCCUAAAAACCCUCAUUUCCACCGUCGGCUCCGUCGCAACGGCGGCGAUGGUAGCUCGCACUCUCCUACCUUCUGACUUCCAAGACUACCUCUAUUCCGGCUUCUGUAACUUCAUCAACAAGCUAUCCAGACACUUAACAAUGGUGAUCUACGAGUUCGACGGUGUUCGCGAAAACGAGAUCUACAACGCCGCUGAAAUCUAUCUCGCAACUCGAGUAUCUCAUGAUAUUCAUCGUGUGAAGGUUAACAAAAACCCUAGCGACAACAACAUCAUCGUCGCCAUGGAAAUCAACGAGAGGUUUACAGAUGUUUACAACGGCGUCAAAUUCCACUGGUCUUUAUCUUCAAAGAAGUUUCCGUCAACAGUAUAUUACAGCGACGACGGUUAUGGCAGCAGGAGUACUAACAGAUCUACUCAACAACGAUCGUUCGAGCUCACGUUUCAUCGCAAACACACAGAUCUGGUGUUGAACCACUACUUUCCGUUCAUACUUAACGUCGCUGAAACUAAAAAACGCAAGAGGAAAACCGUUAAGAUAUUCACCGUUGAUUACAACCAGCUAUCGUUGAUGAUGCCGGAGAGUCAAGACCAUCCGGUGUGGACGUCGGUGAGUCUGGAUCAUCCGGCGACGUUUGCCACGCUGGCAAUGGAUGCUGACGUCAAGGAGACUGUAAUGAAUGAUUUGAAUCGGUUUGUUGAGCGGAGAGAGUAUUACCGGAGAGUUGGAAAGGCGUGGAAGAGAGGUUAUCUGUUGUACGGUCCGCCUGGGACCGGGAAAUCGAGCUUGAUUGCCGCCAUGGCUAAUUAUUUGAAUUUUGAUAUUUAUGAUUUGGAGUUGGCUGAUCUGACAAACUCUAUGCUGAGGCAGUUGUUGCUGGCAACCGCGAACCGGUCGAUAUUGGUGGUUGAGGACGUUGAUUGCUCCGUGGAGUUGCACGAUCGAGCAGGUGAGGAUGCGGUUACUGGAAAUCGCCCGCAAGGGUAUCGUCCAGAACACAGGGUGACAUUAUCGGGGUUUUUGAACUUUAUUGAUGGUUUAUGGUCGAGCUGUGGUGAUGAAAGAAUCAUUGUGUUCACGACAAACCGAAAAGAGAAACUGGACCCUGCAUUGCUUCGUCCGGGUCGUAUGGAUGUUCACAUCAACAUGUCGUAUUGCACUCCGUAUGGGUUUAGGUUGUUGGCGUCUAACUAUCAUGGCAUCACUCAACAUGAGCGGUUUGAAGAGAUUGAUGAUUUGAUUGGCAAGGUGGAGAUUACCCCGGCUGAGGUAGCCGAGCAGCUGCUUAGGGAUGAUGAUGCGGACCGUGCUCUUGGUGGACUCGUUGAGUUUUUUAAUGUGAAGAUGCAGGAGAAUGAAGAGGCUAAAGCAAAGGAAAUUAAGGUAAUCAAGUAGGAUAAGGAAGUAUAUUAAUUUGCAUGGAGAUUGUUGGUUAUUAAUCACUAGUUAAUAUGGUAGUAUAUCUGUUCUUGUUUAUGGGUCAUCAUAGUGGGUUACCGGUUAAUAUGAAGUAUUAUGUCAAUUUCAUUUUGUAUUGGAUGAUUUGAGGACGAUAUGAAUGAAAUGAAUUUGUGACAAAAUGUGGUUUGUGUCACCUUAUAUCGGAAAAUCAA